AGGCAGAGAAACUGCCCAGGGCAGAGAAAAUCCCAGAGAAGGCGCCGAGGACUGAAAAAGUGGUGGAGAAAACACCCCGGGCGGAGAAACCAGCGGAGAAGACACGCCCCGCCGGCUCCUCAGCUCCCAAGACCGGCCCCGCUCUUAACCGAAGCACUUGGGAAAAGCAGGUUCAUCCUUCGCCAGUGCUUCAGCGCAAAGGACACGCUCCCCUGGGAGGGGCUGACGCUGAACAAAUGCCUCCUCGUGGCUUCUUUCCUCGCCCUCCUCAGCAUGGGCUGCCAAGUGGUUCAAGACAUUUUUGACUUUGACGAGGAUGUUCCAGUGAUAGAGCCCGGUGUGUUGACUCCGCCAGAGGGCAGCGCCCAGGAAGGCAGCCUGCCUGGAGAACUGGAAGAGUUGUGGUUUUAUGAGAGGUGGCUGAGCUGGCCAGAAGACUAUGAACCACCAGAAGAGGAGGAAGAAGAAGAGGAGGAGGAACUGGAACCAGAAGAAAUAGAAGAGGAGGAGGUGGAGCCAACAGAAAUAGAAGAGGAGGAGGAGCCAACAGAAGAAGAAGAGGAGGAGCCAACAGAAGAAGAAGAGGAGGAGCCAGAGCCUGAACCACGAAAAGCCGAGCCACUAAAGAGCCGGGAGAAACCAAGGGGAGAGGGGAAAGCUGUCAAAAGAGAGAAGUCCAAAGGCAAGGCCCCCAAAGACCACAGAGUACAUGAAGAGGAGGAAAAAGAGGAGAAACGCCCAUUGAGCAAAUACCACCGCCGGGAGGGCGCAGAGAAAGAGCGGCGGCGGCAUCAGAGGGAGGAAGGGAAGAGCCGCCCUCCAAAACACGAGGCAGCCCACUUCAAGGAGCACAAGCGGCACCCGCACAACGAGGGGAAGGGGCGCCACAAGGAGGGGGGCGACAGGAGUGAGGGCCACCACCCCAGGCGCAAGCAGGACUCUAAGCACCAACCACAUGAGUUCAAGGGCCGGAAGCCCUGGCACGUGCAACGCCCGUUCUUCUCCCAGAAGGAGGUCGCCCACAAGUCUGGGAAGCACAGGUUCCAGGAGGGGAAGAGACAUGACUGAGCCCCACUCCUCUGGCCCAGCUUCACCCUACAACUGCAACAGAGCUAAGAGCUACCUCUUUCCACCCUUUGCUCCCGCCUUAAUAUCGUGGGGCAGGGGGAAGCAGCUGCCAAGCACAAAAUGCACACACGGUGUAAUCCCGGAUUGCUCUGAAGUCUGCUAACCUAGAGAGCGCUUUGGCCCAGCCUUUCUCCCUCCCGUUGUCCAAAUCCACACACUUAGAACAGCAGCUCCUGGCACGCUCCUUGGGACUCUGCUAGCCAGCUGACCGGUCCCAUCCCUGCCCUGUUUUGCGUUCUUUCUCACCAAGUGACCUCAGUCAAAGCUUUUUUGCCGCAGCACUGUGCCUUGAUCCCUGCUGCAAAAGGGGGAACAGAUUUGCCCCCAGGAAGGGGAGGCUGGAGGGCGAGGCCGUAGCCCUAAACAUCACUACGGUAUCGCAGAUUUGGCAGCUGCGUCCCCGACUAAGGACAGUGUGGCUUCGCGUCUUGUUCCUCGCAGAUUCGCCCUCUGACUCCGGGGCUUUCCCCACUUACCUUCUGCUGCGCGCUACUCUGGGAAAGUAGCGCGGGGUCCAGCGGCGCUCCUUUGACUCUGUAAGCGGCUGC